AUGUGCGUCCGCCUGUGGGUACAGAUCCAACGAAAGCUGGCAAGCUUCAAAGGGUCUAAAACCCGCAAGAAGAACACCUGCACCUGCGGCGGACGAUCGAUCAUUCCCGACAGUCAUGACCUUGUAACGUACCUGAAGGACCUGCGCCGCAGCGAGCUGCCUAUGACAUCAUCCCAUGUGUUGAAGUUUCUUCGCGCUGGUCAUGCCAUGCGACGCAUUUGCCGUCAGAAGAAGACCCAAGUUGACCCCGAGGAAACGUGCCUGGCCUUUGGCAAGAAAUUCCAUUCCGACCACCCCGGCGUGGCUAUGGACUGCGUCUACAAUGUUGACGAAACCGGGAUACACUACGAUAUCCUUGUUGACAGUGGCAAGAAGCUCCCUAUCGUCUUUGUGAUCCGUGGAGUUGACGGUGGGACGAUCGAAACCAAGGUGUUUAACGAGUAUCCAAGCGGGCAUUUCUACGCCAUUGUUAUGGUGGGCGACUUAACCCAAGUCCCGCUAUGA